ACUCGGGCACCCAGGGAAACCCUGCGUAGGUGCCCCGCCCGCCUAUGGAGUCCGUCGCCUUCGCCCGCCUCCAAUUCCCCACCCUCGCGCCGCCACCGCCGACUGGCGGCCGCCGUUCCUUCCUCCUCCCGCUUCGCGUCGCCACCGUCGGUGCCGGUGGCGGAAAAGGUCCCGUCUUGACCGCCGCCACCGCCGUCGCUUCCUCCUCCUCGUCGGUCAUCACGACGCAGAGCGACGCGGCUUCCUCCUCUUCUUCCCCUCCCGCCCUUCCCCUCAAAAGGGUCACCGCCGAUUCCUUGCACUACGAGAGCGGUUACUUGGGCGGCAUCUCGGAGAGGACCAGGGCGCCAGCGGCGGAGGGACUUACAGAUGGGGAUCCCAAUCCAAUGGAGUAUCUAACCAAUAUACUCUCGUCGAGGGUUUAUGAUGUCGCGAUUGAGUCCCCCUUGCAGCUGGCCCCGAAGCUGUCGGAGAGGCUUGGGGUCGAUCUCUGGCUCAAGAGAGAGGAUUUGCAACCCGUCUUCUCAUUUAAGUUGCGAGGGGCAUAUAACAUGAUGGCCAAGCUGUCAAGGGAUCGGCUGGACAGGGGUGUUAUCUGUUCAUCUGCUGGUAACCAUGCCCAAGGAGUUGCAUUGGCUGCUCAGAAACUAGGUUGUGAUGCUGUUAUUGUAAUGCCAGUUACCACACCCGAAAUUAAGUGGCAAUCUGUUGAGAGGCUAGGUGCAACAGUCUGUCUCGUUGGUGAUUCUUAUGAUGAAGCCCAAUUAUAUGCCAAGAAACGUGGUGAGCAGGAAGGUCGCACAUUCAUACCCCCUUUUGAUCAUCCAGAUGUCAUCACGGGUCAAGGCACUGUCGGGAUGGAAAUCAUUCACCAAUUGAAAGGCCCACUACAUGCUAUAUUUGUGCCUGUUGGAGGUGGUGGACUGGUAGCAGGUAUAGCUGCUUAUGUAAAACGGGUUCGCCCAGAGGUAAAGAUCAUUGGGGUGGAGCCUUUUGAUGCAAAUGCCAUGGCAUUGUCUCUGUAUCAUGGUCAAAGGGUCAUGCUAGAGCAAGUGGGAGGAUUUGCAGAUGGUGUGGCUGUUAAAGUAGUUGGAGAAGAGACAUUCCGCUUAUGCCGAGAACUGGUAGAUGGAGUGGUCCUUGUUGGCCGUGAUGCUGUUUGUGCAUCUAUAAAGGAUAUGUUUGAGGAGAAAAGGAGCAUUUUAGAACCAGCAGGUGCCCUAUCUCUAGCAGGUGCAGAAGCAUACUGCAAAUACUAUGGCUUGGAAGGUACAAAUGUUGUGGCAAUAACUAGUGGCGCAAACAUGAACUUUGAUAGACUUAGGUUAGUAACUGAACUUGCCGAUGUUGGUCGGAAACGGGAGGCUAUUCUCGCUACUAUAUUGCAAGAGGAGCGUGGAAGUUUUAAACAAUAUUGUGAACUGGUUGGUUCUAUAAACAUUACAGAGUUUAAAUAUAGAUAUGAUUCACGUAAAGAAGAUGCUCUUGUUCUUUACAGUGUUGGACUUCACACUGACACUGAACUUGGAGCAAUGAUGGAGCGCAUGAAAGCUGCACAGCUAAGAACUUUCAAUCUUACCAAUGAUGAUGUGGUGAAGCAUCAUCUGCGAUACUUCAUGGGAGGCCGAUCAAAUGUCCAAGAUGAACUACUUUGCCGAUUUAUCUUCCCUGAGAGGCCAGGUGCUCUUAUGAAAUUUUUGGAUACGUUUAGUCCACGUUGGAAUAUCAGCCUCUUUCAUUAUCGAGCUCAGGGUGAGACUGGUGCUAAUGUGUUGGUUGGAAUCCAAGUCCCAAAGGAGGAUAUGGAAGAAUUCAGGAAUAAGGCUAACACACUUGGUUACGAGUAUGCAUACGGGGUGACCAAUGAAGCCUAUCAGCUUUUAAUGCAGUGAACAAAAAUGAAACCAAAUCUGUCAUUGCGUGCAAUGGCAUCAGGGGUGAUUGUUCUGAUUACACACUGGGAGGAAUCUGGGGCCUAAUGAGAUUGUUUUUUGAUUCUAACACCGAAUUCCUGAUUUCUUCUAUCUUUUUAUGGUCUUUCUUUUUGGGCUUAGAUCUACAUCUGCUGCCCUAAAUCUUAAUCUGGGUUCUCACUACUUAUCUAAUCUAUAGGGCUGUAAAUAGGACUGAGAAUUAAUCAUUGUGCAUCUCUGGUGUGGAAUUGAGAUUCUUUGAAUAGAAUGAAUGAUUGCAACGCAUGUUGGCUCGAAGCAAAAAAAUUAUAGGGAAGGUUCAUAUAGGUCUUGCAGCCAGUCUGUCAAUAACUCCUUGUUCUUUUGUGGUGUAUUAAUUGACUGAGUAUUGGACUAAUGGACCACAUGUGCUGCUUUAA